AUGGGUCUGCGUGCUCUUUGCUGCAGCAAAGGGAGCCAAGAUGAUGACGAUCAGCACACUCCUCCGAGCCGACCGACCCAAAGCCGACCCGAAAAGGAGACUCAAAAGACGCCGGGGAGCAGCAAAAACGAGACUAUUUCGAACACCGUGAUGCAGGAAAAACCUGUCCAAACCCGACCUCAAAAUGAGACUCAUAGUACACCGGAAAGCAGCAAAAACGAGACUAUUUCGAACGCCGUGACGCAGGAAGAACCUACCCAGAGCCGACCUCAAGUUGAGACGGAAAAUACACAGAACAGUGCUAAGAACGAUGCUGUUCCCACGGAGACGAAGGAGAAACCUGCCCCACGCGAUUUAUGGAAAGAGGCAUAUAAUCAAUUGGACCCCAGUGACAGGAAGUACGUAUCUGGAAAUGGUACAGCCAAAGAUGCCAUCAAUGGGGUCAUCAACGACACGACGGCCAAGUACGAACAGUGGAAAAAUGGUGGCCUCCGAAUCAGUCAAAGUGGUGGAAACGAAAUUAAUCUUCGCGAAAAGACUGAGAGGAUUAUUGGAGCGGCAAUAAAAGCCUUAGAUGUGAUCUCCACGUUUGUGUCAUUUGAUCCGACAGGACAUACAUCCUCUGCAUGGACAAUUAUCUCCUUCGGAAUGAAUGUUGUUCAAAAUAACCUCGACCGUCGAGAUGCUAUUUUUGCCUCAUCAGAAUAUCUUGCGGAGAAUCUUGCCUACUAUGCAGUGGUCGAUACAAACUACAGAAACAAGGGCGUUGCAAGUGACCAUUACCUCGACGAAGCCUUGCUCAAAAUCUAUUCGGCGAUUCUGGCCUUCACAGUCGAAGUGAAGAAAGCAGGUGACGAGAAAGCACCAAGUCGUGCCCUCAAGAGCGUGUUCCCACUUACUGAGCAGGCGCUGUCAACAUUGAAAGGCGCCAUCGACGACCAAAGUGAAGCUGCACAGAAGUGGCUUACCCUAUCUGCAAGCCUGAGUGAUAGGAAGGAUGCUGCGGUGCAUCUGUCGAAGAUCGAGAGCAUUGAGUCCAAAGUCCUAACCCCCUACGAGGAAAGCCAGAUGGCAUGGAUUUCGACAGCUUCCUACUCAAGCCCGCAGAGGGAGACACGGAAGAAAAGAGUUGGUGACACCGGUGACUGGCUUCUUAAAAUAAAGGAGUAUAAUCACUGGAAGUCCAACCCGGGAGAGCUGCUUUGGCUACCAGGAGGUUCGGGGUGUGGCAAAUCGGUUCUUUGCUCUACUGUGAUCCAUGAUAUCGAUCAGAGCUGCGAAUUGGAUGAUUCCAAGUACCUCAUCUACUGGUACUUCCGGUUCGGUGAUGAGAUGACACAAAGCGUCGAUACCAUGAUUAGAUCGCUGAUUCGACAACUGAGUCGGUCCCCAUUGGCGGAAUCAGUAACCGCGCUCUGGAAAAAGCAUACCGUCAAGGGAAGCGAACUCGAACCAGAUGCCAUUUCUGAGCUUUUUCUUGAUGUGGUAUCACGCAUUGCUGGCGAGGUCUACCUGGUCAUUGACGCAUUGGACGAGUGUCCCGAGAACGCAGUCUCUAGUGAGAGAGGGCUUGCUUUGUCAUUUUUGAUGGACCUGCUCGAGCGAUACGACAACAAAGUCCAUAUUCUUCUGACAAGUCGGCCAGAGUAUGACAUUGAAAAGAAACUGGAGGCAUUCCCCAGAAUUGAUCUGGAAUCCUUCAUGGCCAAAGACGUGGAAUCCUUUGUUGCUAAAUCAAUUGAGCAAUCCCUUCUGAAAGACCGAUUAGAUCAAAAGAGUAAAAAUCUGAUCAUGACCAGAUUCCUAAGCGCGAAGGAAAGACGUUUCCGUUGGGCUGAGCUACAAAUCAUUGAACUUAAACAAUGUCUCGGCCCGGAAGAGGUCGAAGAGGUUUUGAAUUCAGUUCCUGAGACAUUGGAGGACGCAUAUCGCCGAGUCCUUGGUCGCAUAAAACGUAAGAGGGAUAAACAAUUGGCUCGUGAGGUUUUCAUGACCAUUUGUUGUUCGCCUGUUGCUCUUGACUUGAAUUUGGUUGCCACUGUAGUGGGCGUGUCCUUCCCCGAUUCAAUCCCUAUGGUUUGUACUACUCAACUCGUCAGUGUAUACGAGGAACAGAUCCGAUUAGCCCAUUUCUCUGUGCAGGAGUUCCUCAUAGUUCCCAAGGAUGGUGGUCUGUAUCACGAAUGCCAAUUUUCUGAGACCGAGGGACACAUGUUUCUCCUGACGAAAACUUUGAACUGUCUUCUUGAGCAGCGAAACCUCUUGACAAAGACAGACGUGAAUGCGAAGGCGAAGGAGCGAGCUUUCUUCCUUUACGCUGCAAAAUACUGGAACACUCACUUGGCUGCUUCGGGAGACAUUGAUCAGUUUUCUUCUGAGAUGCAGGAUAAGAUUGAUGAAAUCUUUACCGAACCCAACGUUUACUACAAUUGGAUGCGCGGGGCGUUUGGUAUCUGGAGAUUUUCGGAUGAUGUGGAGGAAAAUUCAUGUUCACUCGAAGAAUACGACGAACCACUUGAUCGGGCCUCGAACAUGGGAUUAUUCCGAACAGUAAACAAGCUGUUAAGCCAGGACGCUGAUCUUGACGCCGGAACCAAGGCCAAGAAAUAUGGAAGAGCAGUCCAAGCCGCACUAGAAGAAGGGCAUGAAAAGAUCGCGUGGCUUCUUUUAGAUCAAGGGGCCGAUGUUAACGCCCAGGGAGGAUCCGGAGGUAGUGCACUUCAAAUUGCGUCAUUCAGAGGAGAUGAAAAUGUCGUGCGACAAUUGCUGGAUCGAGGGGCCGAUGUCAACGCCCAGGGAGGAAAAUACGGCACUGCACUUCAUGCCGCAGCAUAUGAAGGCUAUGAAAGUAUAGUACAGAUACUCCUGGAUCGAGGUGCUGAUAUCAACGCUCAAGGAGAAGAAUAUGGUAGUGCAAUCCAAAUCACAAUGUCUGACAGGCGAGGAUGGCACACAGAACUACUCUCGAUGCUAGUGGAACGAGGUACCAAAUUGACCACUCAAGCUGAACUUGACAGUGCUCUCCAAAUUGCUCUUCGACUUGCGGAAGAGAGCAGGUCGGAAAAAGCUGUACGGAUUCUGCUGGAGCGAGGCGCCAAUUUUGACACCCAAGCUGAGCUCGACAGUACUUUUCGAAAUGCGGUCGAUUACAUGUGGGAAGAAACUGUACGGAUUCUGCUGGAUCGAGGAGCCGAUUUUAACGCCCCAGCAAGAUUCGGCCAGACUGCACUAGAAAUGGCAAUCGAAUUUGCAUCGUCACCAAAAUAUAAAGGGAUAGUGGCGAUGCUCCGCGAUCGAGGUGCUGAAAUUCCAGUGGAGCCUGAGGAGGAGCAGUAG